AUGCCGACUCCGAGUGACAACACACUACAGCUAACUGCUACAUCAAUCGCCGAGGAUCUCUCUGCUCGCACCACCUGUCCCCCUGAAGUAGAGAGACUGACAAGUUGGAGAGACUCCCCCGAAGCAUCUACUGUUGUAGAAAGCGAUGCCCCCGACAACGCUCUCUCCCCCGCCAGUGCAACAGCGCAAUCCGUGCUGAUUCGACCGGACGAUGGUCUUGCUCCUUCGAACGCAGAUCAUCUAAGGGUUGAGAUGAUACCCGAUUCUUCUACCAAGACGAUGGCGAAAUCUGACGACGAACGUACCGAGGGGAGAUUAAGUCCCGCGAGGGAACCGUCAUGCCCUCUCACUCGGUCUUCGCCAGUCAGUUCGCCUUCGUCGCCCUCGGCCACUUCUCUCCUAAGCUAUGAAUUCUCCAACAUUCGACUUCUUCCCAAUUACACAUCCUCUUUUUUGCGCCCUGGGAGCAAGUUCACUGGUACGCAGCAAUCAGACCGUCAGGUAUACAAUGUCGACGUUGAGAUUAAACACGUUGACAUGGUCGAAUCCUACCUUUGUGGAUACCUCCGUAUACAAGGUCUCACUGAGGAUCAUCCUACAUUGAUCACAUUUUUUGAAGGAGAAAUAAUUGGAACGAAGCACACCUUCAAAACUCGGAAUGAAGCAUGGGGCGCGUCAGAAAAAACCGAUAUGCACCAUUGGGCGAGGUUUCCUGCGUGGCGACCGCUGGCCAAACAGGCGAAGAGACCCGACUUUACCUACCGCAACUUUGCACAACGUGAACACAUAUUCAUGCGGUGGAAGGAGUAUUUCCUUGUGCCAGAUCAUCGGGUGAGAACAAUUUCGGGUGCAAGCUUCGAAGGCUUUUAUUAUAUCUGCUUCAACCAAGUGGAAGGAACUGUGACUGGAAUAUACUUCCAUGCAAAGAGUGAGAAAUACCAGCAGCUCGAACUCAAGCAUGUUCCAGACCAGGGCUGUACACCAGCCAUUGAGUUCCGCUAA